AUGCCUGUUUUUAGUAGUAAGAAAAAAUCUGAUGAAUAUUGUUGUAAAAUAUUUACUAUGGAUGCUGAAUUGCAGUUUACUGUUGAGGCAACAGCAAAAGGUCAUACAUUAUUUUCACUUGUUUGUCAAACAAUUGGUCUAAGAGAGCAUUGGUAUUUUGGUCUGAAAUUUCUUGAUAAAAUUACUAAUGAAUGGACAUGGUUACAAAUGAACAAAACAAUACUUUCUCAACCAUUACAUAUUUUAUCGAAUACAAUUUUAUCUAAACGACCUGAUUCACCUAAUACAUCAGAUAAUUUUAAACCUCAUCUUCUUCGGUCUCCUCCAACAUCUGCAUCAAAUUCAACAUUAAGUCUUCCAUCAUCACUUUCUAGUGGUGGUCAACAAUAUCCAAAAGGCACUUUAGAAUUAUAUUUUGUUGUGAAGUUUUAUCCUGAGGAUAUAACUAAUGAACUUAUACAAGAUAUAACUCGACAUCUUUUUUAUCUUCAAGUUAAACAAGAUAUUCUUAAUAUGGAUAUUUAUUGUCCACCCGAUACGGCUGCUCAUCUGGCAUCACUUGCACUUCAAGCUAAAUUUUCUGAUUAUGAUCAAAUUAUUUCAUCAUCUGAACCAUUUAAUUUAGAAAGUGAAGCUUUAUUACCAUUAUCUUGUUUUCAAAAAAUUGAAUUAUCACGUACAGAUUGGUUCGAUCGUAUAAUUGCUCUAUGGCGUACACAUGCAUCAUUAACACGAGAUGAAUCCGAAAUGGCUUAUUUGAAACAUGCACAAGAUUUAGAUAUGUUUGGUUUAUCAUUUUUUGAAAUAUCAAAAAUGCAAGGUGGAAAUAAAUCGAAUACAUUAUCACAACAACAGUCAGAUCAACCAUCAAUUGCUGCUGAACUUUGGCUUGGUAUUGAUUCAUUAGGAAUUCGUUUUUAUAAAAAAAAUAAAUUAAGACCAGAAGUUUUCUUUUCUUGGUGUGAUAUUAAAUCUGUUACAGCUCAUGAUAAAAAGGUUAUACUAAAUAUGGCUGGUGAUAAACAUGCAACAUUUGCAUUUUAUUCUGCGAAAUCUUCUGUGAGCAAAGAGAUACUUGAUUUAGCAACUGGUAACCAUGAAUUAUAUAUGAGACGUCGACGUGAAGAAUCGAUUGAAAUACAACAGAUGAGAUAUUUCGAAGAACAACAAAAAAAAGAAAAACUUCGUAUAUUUGCGCGAGAACGCCAAUUACGUUUACAAGCUGAAAAAGAACGCGAUGAAAUUGAACGUAAAUUUAUUGAAUAUCAACAGCAAAUGAAAGAAAUUCAUGAUACGUUGCUUAAAUAUCAAGAAGCUGCUGAAUUAUUAGCACGUAAAGCACAUAUAAGUAGUGAAGAAGCUCGAUUACAAGCUGAAAAAGCAAUAGAAAUUGAAACUCAACUUGAACGAUGUAAAUAUGAAAUGAAUCGAAAUGAAGAAGAAAAACGACUUUAUGCUCGACAAAUUAGUGAAUGUGAACAAAUUAUUUCUACAUUAGUAAAUGAUUCAGUAAAAAAUGCUGCUUAUUAUUCUUGUCGUUCUGGCGAAAGUUCUUUUCUUUCAUCUACUAUUGAACAACGUCGAAACGAAGCAGAAGAAUUAAAAUUAGAAGUUGCAAAAUGGCGUGUAGCUGAAGCAGCUGCAAGAGAAAAAUUACUUUCUAUUACACAAUUGAAUCAAUCAAUUGCUGUUUCAACUGCUGCACAACAUGCACAACAUAAUCUCGCACAAUCAUCACCAAGAACAAUAUCACCACCACCUUAUCGUCCAAUGCAUAGAGUUCAAGAGCCAAAUCCAAAUGAUGAACGAGCUUAUUUAAUUGAAAAACAAAGUAAACAAGCACAAUUAGCUUUACAAUUACAAGAUUUAAAAAAUGUAAUUCAAUCAAAAACAAUUGAAGGACAAAAAACACAAUUAGAUAUGGAUUAUGAACAAAAUUUAGCUGUUGGAGAUAAUAAAUAUUCCACUAUACAAAAAGCAAGUUCGGGUACGGCUUCUAAACGUAUGGCUAUGUUACAAGAUUUGUAA